CUUACAAAAGAAACAAGAAAUAUGGCUGCCUCCAUGAACACAACUUUGUCUUUGGAAGAAAACAUUUUAAGAGAUAUUACAACUCAGUUUUUCGAGAUGGUACCAAUAAGGCGAAUGAAAUGGAAGACAACACCAUCGAUAGAUGAUAAAGAUAUAUCCCCAGACAUGCAGAGGGCUGUCCUGAAGGCCACCGUUCAACAUGCCACAUGUAAGCAGUAUCCGCCAUCUCUCAGCUAUCAGCGUGCAUUCGUUAAAAGCAUCUUACAUAAGCUUGAAGAUAUUGAUGCCGAUAUCUGUGAUGAAAUUUAUGAAACAUACUCAGAUCUUCUACAACAAAAGGAGGAAGAAGAUGAUACACUAUGUUACAAAACUUAUACAUUGCCAUGUGGAAAUACUGUCAGCCUUCAGGAGUCUGUUCAUCUGAUUUCCCAGGGAACCACCGGACUUAGUACUUGGCAGGCAGCCUUACAUUUAGCAGAAUGGUGUUCUGAAAACAGCAAAUUCUUAGAAAACAAGCGUGUGAUGGAGUUAGGCAGUGGACUUGGACUCACCGGGAUCACCGUUUGUAGAAAGUGCCAGAUGAAGUCGUACACUUUCAGUGACUGUCACCAUCAGGUGCUUUAUCUUCUAAUGAAGAACAUUGAGACUAACUUUGCCAAACACACAUAUCUCUCACAACCGACCUUCACACCAAGCGAUAUAUUCCCCUCCACAUCCAAAGAGUGCACAGACAAAAAAGACGGACGUAUGAUGAAAUCAAUCCGGCGCCAGUUGAGUGUAAACGCUGAGCCCUCCAAUCCCUGUAAUGUGAGCAUGUGUUCCGAUAUUAUGGAGAUUAGCUAUACUUCUACUGCCUCAUCGUCUUAUGAUGAUGAAAACAGUGAGGACAUAUUCGCUGAUCAGAACGAUUUUCAUAUCGAGUCUCAGAACUGGGUUAUGGAUGAAUGUCUCCCUGGCAUGUACUUCUUCAGUCAGGAUGAGAGAAUCAGGUUGCUGAAAUACGAUUGGGAAACAUCCGAUGAUAGGAUGCUUUGGGAUAUAGCUCCGGACAUCAUACUUGCUGCAGAUGUUGUAUAUGAUAAGUCCAUUAUGCCUGCCCUGGUCUCUGUGUUGCGGAAGCUGCUGUCUCUUGAGAUUGAGAAUGGCCAGAGAGCCACUGCUUUUGUAGCAUCCACCAUCAGAAAUGAGGACACAAGGGACCACUUUCUCAUUGUGUUGGCCAAUGAAGGACUCACAUAUGAAAUCCUUGAUUCCCCGAAGAAGAGGAUGUUCCAUUACGAGGACACAAUUCCAAUUGAGAUUCUCAAAAUUCAGUGUCCUGCUGGAAGUUGAUACAGAGAUCCUCGUUGGAUAGAAUCCUGUGGAACAUAUCUAUUGUCUUGUUAAGUGAUUUCACUUUAAAAAAAAAGUUCUGAAAUAUAUUGUGUGUAACAAGUAACUAACUGUGUGUAAAAAGACAGUAAUUGUAAAGUUUAUCGGAGAGAAAUGAUUCUUGAUUUUCAUUUAUCAGGGUUGUUUUAUUUGACUGCAUGUAUAAAGAAAAUGGAGGGUCUUGCAUGAUCUCUGGUAAUAUGUCCAUGUCUGGUAAUAAGCCCACCCAUGUCUUGCAAAAACCCUAGUGUUGGCUAUUCCAUUCUCCUUCAAUAAGCCUGCUUCCUACUAUGAGUAAAAAGUCUUGUGUUUAGCUUAACAUUGUUAAGGCAAUCAAUUGUCAGGCCAGUUGUUUGAUAAAUGAUAAGUUACUCUAAAGACCUUUAAUUUUGUGUAUAACAUUCCGUGAUUACAUUGUAUCUGUCUGGAACGUAUUUGCAGGUGUUUAAAUUCAUGAAUCACUUCACAUUACCACACGAACGACUAGUGAAAGUUGGAGUGUAUGAUAAAAACCUCAAAAUAUUUGCGAGAUGCAAAAGUUUAUAAAUUUUGAUGCAUUUGCAAAAUUAGAAAAAUGAAAACCUUUGUGAAUGAUAUUUACUGUAAUAAGUUGGUUUAAUAAUAUCAUGAUUGCCUAUGACAAUUCUUUAAUAUAUCAUGUAAUUUGAUUUACUUUACUUAAAAUAUUGUGUUCUUUGAUCAGUUUCCAAGAUAUCACAGUUUUAGAUAUACAAACUGAUCAUAAUGUAGAUUUUUCUUACAAAAACUUUUCUGGUUCCAAGAUCUGAGUGGCUUGACAGAAAAAUAAACUGUUCUAGUUCUAAGCUCUGAGUGGCUUGACAAAAAAUAAACAAUUUUGGUUCUAAGCUCCGAGUGGCUUGACAAAAUAUAAACUGUUUUAGUUCUAAGCUCCGAGUGGCUUGACAAAAUAUAAACUAUUUUGGUUCUAAGCUCCGAGUGGCUUGACAAAAUAUAAACUGUUUUAGUUCUAAGCUCCGAGUGGCUUGACAAACAAGUUGUUGAAGUAGUGUCUUCACUGUUUGAUAUCAUGAUAAGGAGAUGUUCAUUUAUACAAUACAGUAUUAAAAGUCUGGUUCCAAAGACUUAAACUACAGAACAUGUACUUAAACUAAUAAGGCGGGCCCUGGAUAUGCAGGUGGGCUAUGAUAAUUGUCCGUCCAUUUACUUUCGUUUUAAGGAACUGUCUCGGAAAUCAGAAGUCUAAAACUACUGAAAUUUUCUCUAGCUUAAUGGUAUAUUACAGCUAGUAUUUAUCAGGGUUACAAAUUAAUACAGUGUUCAGUGUAGAUAUACAGUGCUAUGUAAAUGUUCAACAGGGUUAAAACAAAUUAUAAAGGUCAAGGUCAUUGUCAUAUUCAUUGUCUAUGAAAAAUAGAACGGGGAGAUAUAUUUAAGCAUAUUGUCAAGUUGUGGGUCUUUUACUACGCACAACUGCAAGGUAAUCUGUUGGAAUGUUCAAUUAGAUAAUUUUGUUUCAAUAUGAUUUUCAAUGAGAAUAUUAAGAAAUGAGGAAUCAUGAUUUGUAAUUUUCUUGCCAAACAUAGUUAUUGCCAUAUUAAAUAUAGUUCAAAUGUUGUUAUCUCCCUUUAUUAGUCAUACCAUCUCCAGUCCCUGUGACUGUUGUAUGGGUAUGGAUAUUUAUAUAUGGUACAAUAUGGCGGUACAUUAAAUCACAUAUGGCCAAAAAUGAACAUUUUCAGAACAUGAACAUCUAAUUUUAUAACAAUUUUGUGAAUUUAUAUUUUUCAGGAGCGUGCUUUAAUUUUUUUGUAAAGAUUUUCCUUCCACUGAAAUAUCUCACCUUGAUACAGUUUAGUAGAUAGUCAAAAAUCAAGGAAAUAUCGUAGAUUUAAUCGGCCUAUUUUUGUGAAUCUCUAUCCAGUACUUUAUUUUAUAAGAUUACAGGUACCAGUCACAAUUUUCUCUAUUAGCUUAUUGGAUUUCAGGUAUCAGCAAUUGGUUCGUACAUGUUGGGUGUUGAAAGUUACUGAAUAUUGGUGACACUUGCUACAUGAUUUAAGCUACUGAUACAAAUGUAUGCUAGUCACAGGUAGUGGUUACAAUUUACUUUUUUUUAUAGAUUUGCUGCUACACUGAGUGACCAUUAUUAAAGAUUUACUAGGAAUUUUUAAGUAGUUGCUGUAGAUACAGCCAUCUUCAUUAUUUUCUGCACCCUGUCAUCAUCUGGCUUUGGAAACAGGCUGAAUACAUUUAUUUUAUUGUAUUUCUAUUUAGCAACCAACCUGAAUGAAAAUAAAUUGUGACUUAUCCCUAUGGUACCAAUUAGGUUGUGAUUCCUUUGCUGAUUGAUAUAAUUUCUGCGUUUGUCUUUUAUUGUCACUGUAUAAAUCUUGUUGUAGUCUACUUGUAGAUUUGUAGAACAUAUACAUGUACACCCCACCAUGACACCAGAACAAUGGAUGUGCCAUAAUGUGUUUUAUAACGAAUCGAGUACUGUAUAUCGGCUAUAUUUUUCCUUUUUGCAUGAAAGGUUUUUGGUAUCAUAUGAUUAUGUGAUAAAUAUUCUUUAAGUCUGUGAUAUGUUUUGAUAAACUUAAUAUUCCAUUCCCAUUUUCAGCUUUAAAUAAUGUACAAUUAUCAUAUGAGUGCUUCAACAAACAAACAUGUAAUCAAAUGUAUUUAUUGUCAUAUGUCAUUCAUUUCAAAUUCAACAAUACGGUACAUGUUUAUGGGUACAUUUGUACGCAUCAUCGGAUGCCCACGGCAGAUUGCACUAUGCUUUGCUACACUUAGUGUAGCAUAGCUAAGUGCAAUCAACCGUGAGUGAAUAGUUUAGCAUAGCGUAGUGUGGUUGGUAUAAGAGAUGAUUUGUAUAUAGCUUCUGGGUUUUUUCCACGUAAAUGGCUGAAGCCUUGAAUCAAGGUUUUUUUCUACUAAAAUAUACAUUAUACAUUACAUAUUAUAGUUUAAGGAUAGAUUAUGUAAAAAUUCCUUAUUAUAUACAAUGUAAGGAUUUUUCUCCAAUGUAUAAGGCCAAUCAUAAUUUUUUUUUUUAUACAAGUGUAGUUUUGAUUAUUUUCAGGAAACACGCCUGUAAGUCUUUGGAAAGUGCUUGUUUGUUAUUAACUAAAUUUCUCCAUUGUAUUUCAUAAAUCAUAUGGGAGUCAAUAUUUCCCAACAGAAUGAAAUCAAUCUAGUCACUCCUAAUGCAUAAUUAUUUGACUUGCUGAUUUGUAAGUAGAUAUGUGUUCUAAUGAUGUCCUCGCAAUACGCUACAAAAUAAAACAGCAUCAUGUUGAAUAGACUGCUCAAAACAGUUCUACCAUUUUCUGUCAUUAUCUGGCAAAAAUGGCCUUUAAAACUGUUAUCAAUGGUGCAUUUCAACAAAAUUUUAUUGUAUGUAGCACAAGCAGGUUUAAGUGCUGCAAAUUCACCAAUAAUACCACCCUUAUUUUGUUAUUCUGUUAUUCUCCAAUUAGCCCACAAUUUACUUUGUUAUUCUGUUGCCCUACAAUAAGCCCACACCCUAAUUUGUUAUUGUGUUGCCCUACAAUAAGCCCACACCCUACUUUGUUAUUCUGUUCCCCUUCAAUAAGCCCACACCCUACUUUGUUAUUCCGUUGCCCUACAAUAAGCACACACCCUACUUUGUUAUUCCGUUGCCCUACAAUAAGCCCACACCCUACUUUGUUAUUCCGUUGCCCAACAAUAAGCCCACACCCUAAUUUGUUAUUGUGUUGCCCAACAAUAAGCCCACACCCUAAUUUGUUAUUCCGUUGCCCUACAAUAAGCCCACACCCUAAUUUGUUAUUCCGUUGCCCUACAAUAAGCCCACCCCCUACUUUCUUAUUCCAAUGCCCUACAAUAAGCCCACACCCUACUUUCUUAUUCCAGUGCCCUACAAUAAGCCCACACCUUACUUUGUUAUUCCAGUGCCCUACAAUAAGCCCACACCCUACUUUGUUAUUCCGUUGCCCUACAAUAAGCCCAUCCCAUAAUUUGUUAUUCUGUUGUUCUUCAAUAAGCCAAUCCUCUACUUUGAAUCAAAUCUUAUUAUCAUCUGCAAUCCUAGGCAGAUCACAGGAUGAAUAUAAUUAUAAGGUCAAUGUUUAUUUUUUCCUUACAAAUUAGUAAGCCAACAGGCCUACUACAGUGUUUAUGGUAAUGACGGUAGAAACUUCAGGCCAAGUAUUAAUUAAUUGACUCUUUUUUUUUUUAGUAUUCUGUUGUGUUACUUUUGAUAAUAGCCUAUAUGACCUGUAUUACUGAAUGUACUGUUGUUGAUUGCAUGGCCACUUGAUUGAUGUACAUUAUAUUACAAAAGUUACUUUUUAAGAAAUUAAGAAAAGUUUACAAAUAUUUUAUUGUUUGCUGUUUUCAUUUGAUCACUUCAAAUCCUUAAACAUGCAAAAUUUGUUUUGAAUUUUGACUUUAAUACUUUUUGAAAAUAUCCUUUUAAAUAUAUUGUAGCUCUAGGUUGACCAUGCUUUGAACUGCUGGGUCCAAAUGGACAGAAUCAUUUGGUUGGGAUUAGAAAAAGCAUUGGUCAUUUCUCGAUUAAAAACAAAGAUGUUUGUAAAAAUACUUGGUAAAUGUCAGAAAGACAAAACGGUUUUAGUCAUGAUUGUUUUUAUACAUAUACCCAGGUACUUGAAUAUUAAUUAAGGACGAGAUCCUCAGUGUGCUGUUUUGUAUCUCAAACAAUGAAGAAUUCCUAUUUUCUUAUUUAACUUUCCUUGCCUUUUUACUGUAAAGCAAAUACCAGUAUACAGAAAGAUAUAUAUACAUAAACCUUUUUUGUUUUUCUCACAAUAGAUAUAUUGAAUCGCUGAGCUUUUUUAUCGUGAAAAUGGCAAAUCAUCUGUUAUGCUGUCAGUUACCUUUGGUAUAUGUAUAUAAAAGGUUUUUAAAAUUUAAAGUUUUCAGCAACAUUGCUAACAGAAGUAAUUUCAAAAAGAUAAAAUGCUUUAAAAAGGAUAUAACAGUCUGUAGGAAAUAACAAAAUAACAGAUACAUUUGCAAUUAACUUCUCACAGGACAAUAUAAAGAAAAAUGGACUUUCUACUUUAACAUUGGGUGUGAACCACUAUUGAUGAAAAUGUUAUGGCUGUGUUCAUAGGUGUGCAAUGUACACGAUAUAGUAAGGAAAUGCAUACAUUGUAAUUUGUAUUUGUAAUAAUAUUCAUUAAUGUGCUGAGCAGUUUGUGCUGCAAGCAAUCUGAAAUAAAAAAAAUGAUAAUAGAUGGAU